AUGCCCCCAAAGCGCCAAAGAACGGUCCAGGGCUCCUGUUGGCCAUGCAAGCAGCGCCGUGUGAAAUGCGACCUCAGUCAACCUCGAUGUCGCCGCUGUAUUCUCUCUGGAGCCAAAUGCAGCUUCGAUAAGAUCCUCGUGCGCUGGAAUUCACGUCCCACCAAAGCAGCCCCAAUUUCCUACCAGACACCUGCAUCCUCUCCAAGGAUAAGCCUGUCUAAACAGGUAUUCGACAGCACGAGCUUAGCCUCGGGGGAACUGAAAGCCCUUGACUACUUCCAGGCGGCAUUAUGGCCGUUGCUGUCAACAGCGACCCAGCCGUGUCCACCACCGAUCUCACUUGCGCUAGAAUCGGAGCCCGUGCUGUUGGCCAUGUGCGAAUUAGCAGAAGCGCAUCGGCUACUGCGGCAGGACAAUAGUCCUUUUCAUCAACAGGUUAUCAGUGAUAAGCGGUCAAAUUGCUUAGGGUCGGUUCGGAAGCAAUUACGCGAAUGUUUGUCAAACAACGAGUCGCUAUCGCGUGUACUAGUCGCCGUCUUACUCUUGUACUUUCUAGAUGGCUACAUUGAUUGUACAGAGCAGUCGGCAUCGACCACAAGCCAUCAGGUUGGAGUACGCGCAAUCGUGGAACAGCUAGGCGGGUUCAGUGUGCUGAUUGAUGAGAGCGAGAAGGAGAUCCCGCAUAUGUUGCUUUCUGAAUUCGCAUCAACUGAUCUUACCCGAGCUUUACUCGACGAUCGACCUCCAUGUUUUCCCGCCAGAAUUUGGCUCGAUAUUGAGCGCGGCCCCGUCUGGUGGGAAAAGCAGACCUAUGGUAUCACCCUAGCAGCUGUAUUUCGCACCAUGGCACAGCUAGCCUUCUAUCGCCAGUCAAUAUAUAAUGGCGAUGAGGAGCUUGAUAUUGAAAAGGUUCGAGACUUUGAGAGAUGCCUUCAACCAGCUUUUCAAGUCUUGAGCCUAGACCAUUUUGACUGUCCGGAAGAGGACACUGUUUCCCGUGGCGAGCUCGGGCGAGUGAACCAGACAAUUGCUUUCACAAGAGCAUUCCAGCAUAGUGCAUUGAUAUAUUUAUACCGCGCAGUCUGUGGGUUACCGCCGAGGCAUCAUCUAGUCCAGCAACACGUGAAUUUCUGCAUGGGCUGUAUCAACGCCAUUAGCAGUAACUCCAAAGUACACAAUUGCCUCAUCUUUCCCGUCUAUGUUGUCGGUGCUCACUCAUUUACUGAAGAUCAUCAAACGGAUAUCCUUGGUAAGAUUGACUGCAUCUACCGGACAAUUCGUUUCAACUCUCUAUUGAGCAUCCGCGCUGCCUUGGAAGGCCUCUGGCAGUCUGAGAAACAGGAGGGAACAUGGGCAGACAUGUUUACUUCGUUGGGGAGGGAUGUCUUAGUCCUAUAG